AUGGGGGUAAAGAGGAGACACCGAUCUCUCUUUCUGUCAUCACCACGUUUCGACGUUACUUCCUCCACUUUUAUAUAUAUACACCACACCUUUCUUCUUGCACCCUCAUUUUCUCAAACAAAACUAUGGCUGCUUCUACUUUUAAUCUCUCUUCUUCUUCCUCAACGCCACUCUCAUCUUCCAGGUCACAAUGCUGCAUUUAGGGUUAAAGCUACAUUGGCAACUGGAGGGGGUGACCUGCUUUCUUAUCCAAAAAAUAGCAAUGAUGUUGUCAUAGGUAAAGAUCUGGUUGUCGUCGAUGAAUCAAAUGGAACAUCGACACAAGACUUGGGGAUAACAAGCAUUUUUUUCCCUGCUGACGACAAUGAAUUUGAUUUGGACAGUCCCGCAGAAGGUUUUGCUUCUAUCCCUGAGGCCAUUGAAGACAUUCGCCAGGGAAAGAUGGUAGUAGUUGUAGACGACGAAGAUAGAGAAAACGAAGGAGACUUGAUAAUGGCAGCACAGUUGGCAACACCUGAAGCUAUGGCUUUUAUAGUAAAGCAUGGAACUGGCAUAGUUUGUGUAAGCAUGAAAGAGGAAGAUCUUGAUAGAUUGGAACUUCCUCUGAUGGUGGACAGUAAGGCCAAUGCGGAAAAACUUUCUACGGCAUUCACUGUGACAGUGGAUGCUAAACAUGGUACAACCACAGGGGUGUCAGCUCAUGAUAGGGCAACUACAGUUUUGGCCCUUGCAUCUAGAGAUUCAACUCCGGGUGAUUUCAACCGCCCAGGCCAUAUUUUCCCACUAAAAUACAGGGAUGGUGGUGUCUUAAAGAGAGCUGGACAUACAGAAGCUUCAGUUGAUCUUACCGUACUUGCUGGUUUGGAUCCGGUGUCAGUUCUGUGUGAGAUUGUAGAUGACGAUGGUUCCAUGGCUAGAUUGCCUAAGCUUCGCCAAUUUGCCAAGCGUGAGAAUUUGAAAAUUGUAUCUAUUGCCGACUUGAUAAGAUAUAGAAGAAAGAGAGAUAAAUUAGUAGAACGCUCUUCUGCUGCAAGAAUACCUACAAUGUGGGGGCCGUUCACAUCAUACUGCUAUAAGUCUCUGUUAGAUGGGAUUGAGCAUAUUGCAAUGGUUAAGGGUGAUAUUGGAGAUGGACAAGAUGUUCUUGUUAGGGUACACUCGGAGUGUCUAACUGGAGACAUAUUUGGAUCUGCCAGAUGUGACUGUGGAAAUCAACUUGCACUUGCAAUGCAACAGAUUGAGGCUGCCGGUAGGGGUGUACUUGUAUAUCUACGCGGACAUGAAGGUAGGGGUAUUGGUUUGGGCCACAAGCUGCGUGCUUAUAACCUACAGGAUGAUGGACGGGAUACCGUAGAAGCCAAUGAGGAGUUGGGAUUGCCUGUUGACUCUAGGGAGUACGGCAUUGGUGCACAGAUACUUAGGGAUCUAGGUGUUCAAUCUAUGAAGUUGAUGACUAACAAUCCAUCAAAAUAUAUUGGUCUCAAAGGUUAUGGUUUAACUGUUUCUGGUAGGAUUCCAUUGUUAACUCUUAUCACUUCAGAGAACAGGAGAUAUUUGGAGACAAAACGUGUGAAAAUGGGCCACAUCUAUGGCACGGAACAUAACAGUGGCAAUGUUAAAACAAAUAGUGUUGAAGAUUCAAAUUCAAAUUCAAAUGGAGUUACUAGCCUUUGA